AUGGUUUCAUCGUCUACUGCUUCAACACCCCAUAAACGGCUAAUUUCAAAUAUUUCUUCUUGGAAGGAAUCACAAAAACAAGAACAAAUGGGGGUUUUACAGACGCCAAAUACAGAAAAGGUUGUAGCAGAAUUGUUGGCUCGAGCAGCAGAAACUCAAUUUCAAGCUGCUGGAGUUCAACCUGUCGAUUUGGAUCGUUAUAAAGAACAACAAGAAGAACAAAGACAAAAACGGCAUUUUCUUUUGUGGUUAAAUCAAAAUGGAAAUUUGUAUCCAAGUAGGGAACAGAAGGAACGUUUAGCAGAAGAAAUGGGAACAAAUUAUGGAAAGGUGAACAAACUAUUCGCCAAUCAACGACGUCGUCAACAUAAACAAAAAUCUAUUGCUAAAAAAGAGGAAAAAAAUAAUCAUCGACUGAUUUUUGACAAAAAAGAGGAGAAAGAAGGAGAAGAAGAAGGACAACACAUUGAUCAAACUAUUGAAAGUGUUUGGAAUAAAGUAAUGGAAGAAGGGAGGAGGAGGGGGAAUAGCAGUAGCACUAACAGUAACGACGAGGGAUAUAAUAAUGAUGAACAAAAAAUUGUUGUUGACAAUGAUGACGUUAAUAGAGGUGGGGGAAAUUAA